UUUAAUUCUCACAUCUUACCAGAAGAAAAAAACUGAAAAAAUCUUGUUUGAGAAACAGUUAUACAUAGAGAAAUUAGUAAUUAAAAUGAUGAUGGGAAAAGAAGAUCUGGGGUUGAGUCUCAGCCUAAGUUUUUCUGCAGAAAAGAGAACAACCACCAUAAAUCUCAUUCCUUCAACAAUAAUAUCCCCUUCUUCUGCCUUCAAUAAUAAUUAUUGGACUACUCAUCCUCCAUUUUCUCAUUCCUCAUCAGAUCUGAACACGGAGGCAUGCAGAUUAGUGGAGACGAGGAGUUUCCUGAAGGGAAUCGACGUGAACAGGAUGCCGGCGACGGCGGAGGAGGAGGAAGGCGGCGUAUCGUCUCCGAACAGCACUAUUUCAAGUUUGAGUGGAAAUAAGCGAAGUGAAAGAGAAGGGAACUGUACUGAGGAGAAUGAAAUGGAAAGGGCUAGCUCUCGAGGUAUUAGCGAUGAGGAAGACGGAGAAACUUGUAGAAAAAAACUCCGUUUAACAAAGGAACAGUCCGCUGUACUUGAAGAUAGCUUCAAAGACCAUCAUACCCUCAAUCCUAAACAAAAAUUGGCAUUGGCAAAGAGACUGGGAUUAAGGCCUAGGCAAGUGGAAGUGUGGUUCCAGAAUAGGAGAGCUAGGACAAAAUUGAAGCAAACAGAAGUAGACUGCGAAUUCUUAAAGAGAUGCGUUGAGAAUCUGACAGAUGAAAACAGGAGGUUACAAAAGGAAGUUCAAGAGUUAAGGUCACUAAAGCAUUCACCUCAAUUCUACAUGCAAAUGACCCCUCCCACCACCCUCACCAUGUGCCCUUCAUGUGAGCAUGUCGCGACGGGACCCACAAAUACACCUGUCAACAUCCCGCCUCAUCGCGUUGGUCCACCUCAUCAGCAUCACCAACCUAUGCCCUUAAACAUGUGGGGCCCAUCCUCCACACCCAUCUCACAAGGGCAUUAUGGUCAAAUGGACACUUAUCCUACAUUUGCAAGACAAAAGUAGUGACAAUGACAAAAUGUGAAUAUUAAGUACCAUAAUGUGUGU